UCAAUUCUCAUCACUGUUCUCACUCGUUGCAGUUGAACACGUAGGACUAUUUAGUUGAUCUUCCUCAAAUAUUUACAUUUAUUCAGGUUUUAAGUGUUCUUACUCGUGAAAAUGUAGUGUGAUAAAACAUUUGCAUUAGUACAUAAUACAUAAUACUAUAUAAUACAUAAUACCGAUAAAGUUAUUCUAAGAGUAAAAGAUUCUCAGUAAGUUGGUUGACUAUAAGAAACGGUUUCAAAAUGUAUAUUCAAGUGCGCACUGUGGACACAAAGAAUAAAAUUACUCUUGAUCUUUCUAAAACUACUAAAGUAUCAGAGUUAAAGAAACUUAUCGAAUCCCAUUUUAACAUACAACCAGAUAAGCAAAGAUUGUUUUUUCGAGGGAAACAGCUGGAAGAUGAAUACACCCUUUUUGAUUACAAUAUCAAUGUAGGUGAUGUGGUGCAGGUUAUGGAAAAAGCUUCAGUUAUUGUUACUGAAAACCAGGAAAAAGCCGAUUCAAAAGCAGGACCAAGUAAUGAGAUCUCCACAGCAGUAAAAUCACCCUUUGAUGAUUUCCUUGGUGAGGCAGUUGAAAGCAGUGAUUACUUUAAGGUAGGAGAGUAUGUAGAUGGCCGUGACUCAACUUAUGGUGCUUGGUUUGAAGGACAAAUUCACAAGAUUUAUAAAGAUAAAAAUUAUGAAGAAAAUAAAGAAACAUUCAAAAGUGAUGAAACCUCUGGAUGGCCACAUGAUGGAUAUUUUUAUGAGGUUGCAUUCAUAGAAGAGGGUGACAUAUCAUGCACUAUUAAAGUAAGGCUUUUGGAUGUAAGACCACGAGCCCAAGAAAAGAUACCAUUUGAAGAUAUAAAAGUAGGGGACAAAGUCCUUGCGAAUUAUAACAUAGAAGACCCAACUAAAAGGGGUUAUUGGUAUGACUGUGUUGUCUCUAAAGUCAAGUCAGGCCAGAGGAAAAGCCUUACUGCAGAAGUGUUUAUUGGGCCAUCAACAUCUCUUAAGAACUGCAAAAUUUUAUUCACAGACGAAGUUAUGAAAUUUGGAGAGACAAAGCCUCUGGUGGACAGAAAACCAAAUACUGGUGUUGAACCUGCAGCUCGACAGACAGAAGUACCGAUGAAGUGUGAUCACUGCAACAACAACGAGCGGCGCAAGUGUCGUGAAUGUGGCUGUCACGUGUGUGGACUGAAGACAGAUGAGAGCAAGCAGAUCAUGUGUGAUGAAUGUGACUAUGCUUACCAUAUCUGGUGUCUCACACCUCCUCUUGAAAAGAUCCCUGAUGUCGAUGACUGGUAUUGUCAUGAAUGUAAAAACGAUGAGAAUGAAAUUGUAUCUGCGGGUGGAAAACUUAAGGAAUCAAAGAAGAAAGCGAAAAUGGCCUCCAAACAGAAUAAUAGCACCCGUGACUGGGGAAAAGGAAUGGCAUGUGUUGGCCGAACUAAAGUCUGCACGAUCGUUCCAUUUGAUCAUUUUGGUCCCAUUCCUGGAGUCGAAGUUGGAACAUUAUGGAAAUUCCGGAUUCAGGCAUCAGAGGCAGGUGUACACCGACCACAUGUUGCUGGAAUUCAUGGUAGGGAAAAUAUUGGUGCAUUUAGUAUUGUUCUAAGUGGUGGAUAUGAAGAUGAUAUAGACAAUGGAGACGAAGUUGUGUACACAGGAUCUGGAGGUCGUGAUCUAUCCGGCAACAAACGCACCAAUGCCCAGGGCUUUGACCAAAAACUCAGUCGUUUAAACAAAGCCAUUGCCUUAAACUGCAAUGUUCCACUGAACCAAAAAGGUGCAGAGGCCAAAGAUUGGCGAGGUGGAAAACCAGUUAGAGUGAUCCGCAACUACAAAUUGGCAAAACACUCUAAAUAUGCACCACCAGAAGGAAACAGAUAUGAUGGAAUUUACAAGGUUGUAAAGUACUAUCCAGAGAAAGGGCAAUCCGGUUUUACUGUCUGGCGAUUUGUAUUCCGGCGAGAUGAUCCAAUACCUGCACCGUGGACCAAACAAGGCAAGAAACGCAUUGAAGCACUUGGUUUGGAGAUGCAGUACCCUGAUGGAUAUCUUGAAGCCCUGGAAGCCGGUAAAAAAUUGAAAGAUGUGGGUGAAGAUUCUGAAACACCUAAAAGUAAGGGUAAAAAGAGAGUUUUGGAAGAGAGUCCAAAUCCUCAACCUAAAGCAUCUACAAAAAAGGUGAAAGUUAUUGAGUUCCGUUUGGAAGAUGAUAUGUUACUUAAUAUCCAGAAAGAUGUAGAGAAUGAAAAAUUGUGGGAUGAGUGCAAGAAAGAAACUUGUUUAGGAAAAUCAAAAUUUCUGGCCAAAGUAGAAGAGUCAUUUACCUGCAUUUGCUGCACCGAAUUAGUGUUCAAACCUGUCACCACUCCGUGCCUCCAUAAUUUCUGCAGUAGUUGCCUCAAACGGUCAUUUCAAGCUGAAGUGAUGACAUGCCCUACCUGCCGCAGUUCGCUUGACAAAGAAGUGCUCAAGAAGAUCAACGUGGCUCUUCAAGAAGUUCUACUUCUGCUUUUCCCAGGUUACUCUGGGUCAAGAUAAUGAUUUCUUUUUACAAAGCACAUAAAAAAAAACAUAAUACCUCAUAUUUCAUAAUCAAUAUGUUUUCUUUUUCUUUGUUGUUGUGUUGUUACUUUUAUUUAUUUGUUGAUUAGUUAAACCCUUAAUAUGAAACAGGACAAAGGAUGGACUUAUUCUAAUGUUUAUUCUCUCAACUCUUUUAAGAUAUUGGCUACAGUUAUUAAAUAAGUAUUACAUGUACAUUGGAUGAAAACUUUUCAAAGUAAAAUUUCAUAUUUAGACAAAGUAAAUAUUUGCUUAAAUAGUAAUACAUUAGGUACUAAUCAUUAUAUUCUCAGCACAACUAUUAGGCAUUUUGGGUACAGUGACUUUGGUUUAAGCCUGUAAAAUAAUCUAAGUUUAACUCUAAAAGUGUGUAGAAACUAUCGUCCAAAGUAGACCAUUAUGGUGUAAUUCUGUUUUAUCAAUAAUGUUGACUAUUUAAAUUAUAGCAAUACCACCAGACACUACAAGACAUCUGCUGUGGUAUCUUGUAUGCCUAUAACUCCCUGAUCGAGUUAAGAAUCUAAGGUAUUUAAUAAACAAGAACUGGCAUAAGUCCAUCUCUAAUCCUGAAAAGUACAAUAUUUAUAAUAGCAUUAGUUCAGUAGCACUGCUAAAUGUGCUAAAAACACAUUAUUUCUAUACAUAAUUCAAUUGUACUCAUUUUUAACUAAAUAUUCAAUUUUGUGUUUUGAGAAACAUCAAUUAACAUAUAAGAGGGGUUUUUUAUAUGGUUAUAUUACAGAUCACUAUUUCAUAUAUUAAUAUUUCCUAUGCCUCACCAGAAGAUACAAAAUAAGGACUCUGUAAUAAAAGUAAUUAAGCUCUUCAGAAUAUCAAAGGUCAGCGGAAAAGUAAAAAAGCGUUUAUAUACAAAAAGAAGUCCCAAAAAUAAAACAAACUGCAUAUGACAAUACAAAAACGCUAGUGUUCUGUUAAACUACUUGGAUUUGGCUCAGUACAUUGAAAAGUGUUUUUAUAAAGACUAUACAAAACAAGUUACAUCAAACGGAAAAACACCAACAGAGAAGAAAAAAGGAGUUAAAGGGCUCAGGAAAUAAAAAAGGUACGGUUAGGCUUGUAGAGUAUACAACUUCCCGAUAGAUGAUGUGUAUUUACAUAAAUACCCUGAAGAGGAUUUCACCAAAACUGACAAGACACAGCGAAAGGACCACAUGACAUUUUAAGAAUCUGUUGAAUGUGGUAAAUUUUGGCUUGUCUCUAAGUGAGAUGAGUAAAUCGGAACACUUCACACGUGUGAGAAUGUUAUGCAAUUUUUUACGACGUGCAAUUAUGUUCAAGCUCUCUAGAAUAUUGUGAAUGUCUAUCCUUUAUGUUUUCUUUUUAGUAUAUGCAUAACACAUACAUAAAAUGCCUAAUUUUGCUUAACGUUUUUUCCAUAACUUUGCUUAAACUUUUUUACUCCACUGUCAGGCAUGCUUAUCACAUAAUUAAUAAUAAAUAAAUAAAUGCAUAAUCUUGCUUAACCUUUUCUUCUCCACUGCUGGGAAUGCUUAUCACACUAUUAAUAAUAAAAAUCACAUGCAUAAUCUUACCUUAGCCCUUUCCACACCACUUUGCCAAAAGGAGUAGUAACUUAACAGUUUGGUUGGGUCUGUAUUUCUGCUUAGCAAUACUUUGUUUAUUGCACAAUGAAUGAUUUUGCUUGAUCAUGCUUUCUCAUAAAAGAAACCUAGGUAACACAUAAUCAAUGUUUUAUUGCUCUUUGUUAUUUUAAAGUGAACUGUCUGUUGAUGUGUACUUCACAGUUGCUUUUUUAAUCGUUUGAAGUACUGUGUUUUAUAAAUGUUUGUUCAGUAGUUAUUUUUAUCAGACAAGAAAGAAGGCAAUAGAUUACUAGUGGACCAAAGGUAAUACAAUUAUUGAUAAAUUGUUUUAAGGGUUUAACUUAAUUCUAUGUUAUUUUUGUGUACAUUUGUAAGUAAAUAAAACUCCAGAUUUUUGUGAAAAAACAAGUGAUAUGUUUAUUGAUCUUGAUACAUCAUAUGUAUUAAUUUCAUACUUUAUAUUGUAAAAUAGCACCACAAUUUCAGGUAUCCAGCCAUGGUGAAUAGAUAAAUGCUUAGUUAGUCAUGGUUGGUUUAUUGGAAAAAGCAUUCAAGUACAGUUCAUGUUCACUGGAGAUUAAUUAAUUUUGUUUUUACAUAAUAAUAACACAUAAUCUGUUUCUACUUUUAAUAAAUGUAUUAGUAUUUCUAUCAAUAGUUUACUCAUUUAUUUAAGGUACAUAAUAUAUUGUAAUUUUUUGUGAUCUGGCCCACUGUACACCACCCAACAAUGCUACUGUUUUGUACUUUAUUGUAGUUAAUACUUUAAAAUUUACAAUUUGAAAUACAGCGAGUCACCAUUAUUCCAGUGUUAAUCUAGGCCUCUCAAAAAAUUGUUAAUGUGUUAUGAUCAAUAGGAACAUUAUCUGUUAACAUAAUACAGUUACUUAGUGCCUUCAACUUUCAGGAACAAUAAAUAGGUUAAGUACAUUGCAAUUAUCGGUAAAUUAGGUAUUAGUAAUAUUUGCCACUUUCACUUCUACAAUUAAAGUAUUUUUCUUGCUCAAUAAGUACACUAAUAUGGUUUAUAUGUUUUUGUCAUCCAACCUUACAUUUUCUACUUCAGCAUUAACCCUGUGUAAGUCCUGCUAGAUUAGAAACACUGGCAAAAAUGAUUUUUAUUCAUAAAACAUGAAAAAUUUAAAUAAUGAUAUUGUGCCUUUAAAUAAUAUUAUUUUUUCAAUAUAAAAGCAUCCAAUUGUUUUAACAUUUUUUAAAUACUGAUUGAGGCUUUUAAUUUUAGUAGUAGUAAAAUAUAUUCCAAACAUAAUUUUGAACCUGUACUGACAAACUUAAACAGUUAUUUAAGUUGUAUAAUUAAUGGGGAUAGGUUGAUUCUGAUACUGGAUGUCUGAAUUCCUCAACACUUAGUGGUAUUAAACUAUAGACAAAAGUCAGUACUGUGAGCCUCUUCACUUUAUUCUGAUACCAAUAUUUUGAAAGUAUAAUCACAAAAUAAUUAAUAAAAUCAAGUGCUUAAAUACAUUGGGGAAGUAACAAUAUUUUAUUUAAAUGUCUUCAUUCUGUAAUAAAUUAAUGAUUGCAACAUGCAACAUUUGCAUUCUAUAGUAUUUUCUGUAGAAAGAAGAACUGUAGUUUAAAGAAGGCCAUAUUCUAGUAAAGUACUAUAUUACCAGCUGUUAAUAUCAUUCUCAGUUAAUAUAUUUCUAAGUUGUUUCAUUCUCAGUCCCGUUCAUAAAAUCAUUACUUCUCUUAUUACUAGAGAAAAUCCAAAUUUAUUUCAUCACCCAUAAUAUAAGCUUUUAAAAUUAACUGUUAACAUUUUUAAUAGUAACUGAGUUAUUAUAUACAUCAAACAAUCAUAGCACAAGCUAUAACCGAUUGAAACUUUAAACGUUAGGCAAAUUCAGUUAUUAACAUUUAUUAUCUUGAAUGGUAUUAUUUAAAGUUUCCUUAUACAAUGUCAUUACAACAAAUAAUUUCAGUCCCUGUGCUUAAUAAGUAAUUUAAUAGUCACCUGAUGAUUCAUUAAUACACUAUUUUUGCCAGUCAUAGUGGGGGAGAUGGUUCUAAGUCACGUAGAAAAAGGAUAUUACAGAUAUAUAAUCUUAAAAAAAAAUUGUAAACCUACACCAGUGCAAGGAGUACGUCACCUACACAGGGUUAAUCAAAUAUCUUGUAUCUGGCAUUCUAGAUUUCAUUUACAUAAGAUAAUGGGGCUCUGUUGUAUGUAAUAAAAUAUGUUUACUCUUUUACAUUAAAACAAAUUUAUAUUUCCGUAAUUUUGUUAUAUAAGGUUAAUUUACUAUGUAUUUUAUUCUAGUUGUAUUUCUUCCAUUAUUAUAACUGACUUUUUUUGUUAUUUUUAUAGUAUUAAACAAAUACAUUAUUUCAUAAUU